AUGAGCAGGCUUGCGUCGGGGCUCCAGCGCCUGCGGAGGUCGUCGUCGCCGUGGGAGGUGCUGUGGUCCGCGCUCGCGUCAUGCGGCCUUGUGCUCUUCUCGCAGCUCGCCGUGGCGAUGGUUCCCCGCCUCUUCCCUUCCCUCUCUCUCCUCGCCAUGCUCCCCAUCGUGGGGUUGGUGUUCCUUGCGGCUAUCGUGCUCGGCCGCCUGUGGAGGAGGUUCAUCGGGGUGGCGGCGUCGGCGCCGCUCUUCGUGCUCUUCAACAUCCUCCUAUUGUGGGGCGUUUACGUCUUCGUAAUCUGGAGAGAAACUUCUUCUCUGCUGGACAUCCUAAUAAAUGCAGAGUGUGCACUGCUUCUGUGGGGACUCUACAGGAUUUUAUCUGGUGAUCCUGGUAUUGUUGCUUGUGAUUCUUCAUAUUUGGAAGAAGCUGGCUGCAAGGAUUUUUUGGAAGCCAUAUACUCGAGUGAGAAACUCCCAAUGCUCUCAAGGGUCAGGCAGUGUACCUGGUGCAAAGCAAACAUUAGGGGCUAUGACCAUCAUUGCCCUGCAUUUGGUACUUGCAUAGGACAGAAAAAUCAUCGGCUAUUUAUGGCCCUUUUGACAGGAUUUGUUGUUGCUGAAUCAACAUAUACGAUGUGCUCAACAAAAUAUAUUACCAGAUGCAUCAGUUCAGGAACUAUAAGAUCGGAGAAUCCUGUAUCUCUAAACAUGGUAAUCAGUACAAUGCUCUUCUCUAUCCUCCAGGUCCUCUGGCAGAUUGUAUUCUUGAUGUGGCACAUAUAUUGCAUCUGCUUCAACAUCAAGACAGAUGAGUGGAUUAACUGGAAGAAAUAUCCUGAAUUCCAGAUGAAGGAACAACCUCGAUCAGUUACCCUAGUAGUUUAUAACAUGGCACACGUAAAUCCAUUCCCUACCGCAAAUGCAGAUUCUGAAGUCAAAUUUGUGAACCCAUAUGACAAAGGCAUGCUGUGUAACAUAAGAGAAUUUCUAAAGCCGGAAUGA